AUGUCUCGGCUUCUUUCAAAACGUUUGAACGUCGAAGGCGAGCGGCCUCUUGCCAAGCGGCUCAGAUGCGCGAUAUUUCUGCUUCAGCUGUUGAGCACCGUUCUGAAGAACGAGAGGGGUGCAUCCCACCCGGAGCGGUCAAGCCAUCCCCCGGCGAAUCAACUGCCAGGACUCCCCGGCGAUGCCCCGAACCCCGCAUUUGCUGCGAGCGAUGGGUGGGAAACAAUUGCGGCCCAAGCGUGCGCUAGAGAAGCCACCACCUACUUAGUUGGGAUGGUCGAAGCGGCAACAGCGCUCAUGCUAGGAGGCCGAAAUGGGGCCACUAGCAGCGAGGACGUCGAGGGAAGCCUCGGUGGGGCAGAUGCCGGGUUUUGGGUCCUUUCGCUUGUGUCUGACAUCCUGAAAUGUCUACGCAAGCGUAAUUGGCGUUUUGGAGACCCCAUCUCGUUUGUGAGGUGUAAACGAAAGCGCGACAGUGACACAGGAGGACCAGAGACCGCCUCGGGCCUACCUUCGUCUACCACGGCAGUUGUGUCGGAGCAGCUUGAUGUUCCAGGCUUAUCGGAGGCGGUUCCGGCGGUUCCUGUGGGAAGCGGAAUGGACUCGAUGGACAUUGCACUCAAAUGGGUUGAAGUCACACAGUUGCUGGUGGAGGCGGCGGAGACAAGAUGGCGUAGCGUGCUGGUUGAGUUGCUGCGUUCGGUGCCGCCCACUCUGUGGCGAUUGGCAAACAACGGAUCGCUUCUGCUUCAGGAGGAGCCUUCCCGAUCUCCUGGCUCCGCGUUUGUGGAAGUACGAGGGGCGGACGGAGCUCUGGCUCAGGCAAUGCUAGGCCUCGUGUUCAGGAUCGUGCGAUUAGGAGAUGAGCGGGGGCCUUUCCAUGUGGCAGCUCUCGUUGACGUUGGGGUCGUCCCCAACAACGAGGAUCGCACGGAAGACCUGGACAAGCGCGAUAGGGGGGGGGCACCACAAAAUCAGCCAUGGACAACGGCGGUAGAAGCUCUUGUUGCCACUGCGACGGCGAGGGACGACGAUCAAGAAUCGUGUCUGGGCUUUGCCGGUCGGCUCGUGCGGUUGUUCGCCGACCAGGAUGAUGCCCUGGUCGACAUGCUUCUCCUAAAUUUGCGUAUUUUCCACAACACCACGAAGGCCGAACUGGACACGGGGAGCGACAGGCCCGCCUCGGACUUCCCGCCACCUGCUCUAAGGACCCUGUACCGCGGCGCCUUGCACCCCGGCGUCUUGUUCGCGGCGCUGCUGUUCGAGGUGCGGUUCGAUUCGGGCGUGCUUCUGGACUGGUUAACAUCGCCCGAGACGGCUUUUCUGCAGUACCUCACCCUGCUGCUGCGCUUCGCCGUGGCCGAGUGGUCCGACUUCGCCACCCGCGUGUCCUGUGCGAAAGGUGUUGUCCUCGAAGACGGGGUAGAUGCGGUUCAAAACACGCAACACGAAAAGGAGACGGAGGAGGAAGAGGAGGAGAAGGAGGAGCUUGUUCUCUCCGAGGAGGAAGCGAAUCGCCUGGGUAGAGCUAUGUCAUGCCUGGGUGGACUGGUUGCGAGUGCACGGGCCCUCGACAGGAACGGGCUUGUGCCUUACAAUAUUGCCCCGCUGCUGCGAAGGAUCGAUCAAGUCGUGUCCCUGUACGAAGAAUGUGGCGACGCUGAGCAAGAGGAGGAAAAAUCGGCCAGCCCCAAACACUAGUGGACUGCGUGGAUGGAAGAGAGGAUGUACGAAAUAACAUGCAAGCGCCAGAACGGUGCUACAUUGAAAAUAGAAGUGGUGGGUUUGCCUCGCCAACGUGUGGAGGCAAUAUUUCCUUCCGCGUGCGAUGUGGGCGAGGAAGUACUAUCAAGCGAUAUGUGGGCGAGGAAGUGCCAAUUAGAUCAAGGGAUGCUUGACCAUAACUGGGGCAAGAUAUGAGAGCGAACCGUGUUGGGGGCGUCGUGGUGAACCUCGCAGAGCUUCAAGGGUGGCUGACCUUUUGCCGAGGACCCUAUGCAGCUGGCUUGUAAAUAAUUGGUACCGUUGUCUAAAGCUACAAGCAGUCGUCUUUCGUU